GACGAGGAGUGAGUGAGAGAGAAGUAAAGCAAAAGAAAAACACAGUCGGCUUUAAAUCUGGAUCUUUAAAACUGACGUUAAAUGUAGUGAUUAAAUUGAAAAACAAAGCUCGUUAUUGUUAACGUUAACUCAGUAACCUAUCUGACAAUGAAGCCUACUCAGCCCAGUGGCAGCAAUAGCAGUGCCAGCUGUAAUGCCAGCAAGGUAGCAGAACCCAUCGAGUAUGUGACUCUAAUAAGCGACGACUCCGACGGCGAACCGUCGCCCAAACGCAGCAUCUCUGGAGGCGGUAACCAAGGCACUGCUCCAACCAAGUCCAAGUUCGACGACGACUCUAACGACACGCCGGCCACCAGUGAUGAGCGACGUACAAGCCGGCGUAACAAGCCCAAGGUCGAUUAUACAAAUAAGACUGCAGCAGCCAGUGCAGAGAACGCACCCUGUGACAAAUCGAGCUCAGUUUCGUCGGGUAGCAGCGCAGGAUUGGCGGAGAAACGCAAUAGCUUGCCCUCGGAGCAUCGUUCACGUAAGUCGGAGAGUGGCGUUCAGCAGCCGGCGAGCAGUGGGUCUCGUAGUGCUCCACAGAAGGAUGCUGCGAACGGAGCCAGUGGUGAGUCAAAGGAUGCCAGCACUCCCACAGUGCUGUCGGGACAGGAAGGCGCCGUCUUUCAGUCGCGAUUGCCCUUUAGCAAGAUGACGCCCAACGAGGAGGCCUGCUUUCCGGAUAUCAGUCGCUCCGGCAUACUUGGCCAUCGGGUAUUCCUCAACAUACGUAAUAGUCUGCUCCAUAUGUGGGUUGAUAAUCCCAAAGUGCAGUUGACCUUUGAAAAUGCACUCAAAUGUCUGCCACCGCCGUUUGACAGUGAGCCAAAUCUGGUUAGGCGUGUGCAUUCGUUUCUGGAGCGGCACGGCUUCAUCAAUUUUGGCAUAUUCAAGCGACUAAUCCCAAUACCCAGCAAGAAACUUGGCAAGGUGAUCGUUAUUGGCGCGGGAAUUUCCGGUCUAGCUGCUGGACAACAGCUGCAACAGUUUGGCAUGGAUGUCAUUGUGCUGGAAGCACGAGAUCGCGUUGGCGGACGCAUUGCAACAUUUCGCAAAAAUAGCUAUAUAGCGGAUCUGGGCGCCAUGGUUGUUACUGGGGUCUACGGCAAUCCCAUGACCAUUCUCAGCAAACAGAUUGGCAUGGAUCUGGUGCCAAUUCAGCAGACAUGUCCAUUAUACGGCCCGGAUGGCAAGCCGGUGCCCAAGGAAAAGGAUGAUGUCAUUGAGCGCGAGUUUAAUCGUCUUCUCGAAUCGGCCAGCUAUAUUUCGCAUCGUCUGGACUUCAACUAUGCUGGUAAUAAUCCUGUAUCGCUGGGCGAUGCUCUCGAAUGGAUCAUCAACAUGCAGGACAAGGCUGUCCAAGAGAAGCGAGCUGCACACAUGCACGAGAUCAUCGCGGCCCAGACAAAAAUCAUCGAGCAUCGCAAGCGACUCAAGAGCGUUAUACAAAGCAUUGCCAAGCUCAAGGCUGACUAUCAGGCUCUGGUCAACCAACGCCUACCCAAGAGCGCCCACAACGAGACCAGUUAUGCCCAGCAGGAAUACACAAUUCGGAUUAAUCAAAUCAAGCUGGAGGACGCUAUGAAAGUCGAAGAAGAGUUGCGAAACCAGGGACAAAAGCUAGAGGUUCAUCUACAAGAGAUUGAACAAAAUGCCCCCAGCCAAGUAUAUCUAUCCUCUCGUGAUCGUCUCAUACUGGACUGGCACUUUGCCAACCUGGAGUUUGCCAAUGCCACUCGUUUGAACAAUCUGUCGCUAAAGCACUGGGAUCAGGAUGAUGACUUUGAGUUCAUUGGACAUCACACGACAGUGCGUAAUGGAUACUCUUGUGUGCCGGUGGCAUUAACUGAAAACAUUGACAUACGACUCAACAGUGCCGUCAAAGAAAUCAAAUACAACAGCAAGGGAGUCGAGAUUGUAGCUGAGAAUCUAAAGACAUCCAAUUCGGAAGUGACAUACAAAGCGGACUUGGUUGUCUGUACGCUCACCCUGGGAGUGCUGAAGGUUGCCGUUGCGAAUGAGGAAUCCCAGCAUGCAAACACCGUGAAAUUCGAGCCACCACUGCCGGACUGGAAGCAACAGGCCAUCCGUCGCUUAGGAUUUGGUAAUCUCAACAAAGUUGUACUCUGCUUCGAUCGAAUUUUCUGGGAUCCCAAUGCCAAUCUCUUUGGCCAUGUUGGUAGCACCACCGCCAGUCGUGGCGAAAUGUUUCUGUUCUGGAGCAUCAGUUCAACGCCCGUUUUGCUGGCUCUCGUCGCUGGCAUGGCCGCCAACAUUGUGGAGAGCGUAACCGAUGACAUCAUUAUUGGGCGUUGUAUGUCCGUUCUGAAGAACAUCUUUGGCAACACAUCUGUGCCCCAGCCCAAGGAGACAGUUGUCACUCGCUGGCGCAGCGAUCAGUGGGCACGCGGUUCAUAUAGUUACGUUUCUGUGGGCUCAUCUGGCAGUGACUAUGAUCUUCUGGCAGCACCAGUUAUACCUUCUAAAAGCCCGGAGCCACACUCCAGUAAGGAGUCCGAAGAACUACCACGACUCUUCUUUGCCGGAGAGCAUACGAUACGUAACUAUCCGGCAACAGUUCACGGCGCAUACUUGAGCGGACUGCGUGAGGCUGGCCGUAUUGCAGAUUAUUAUUUGGGGUAUCCGGAGGGUACUCCCGGAGAUAUUGGCUACUCGAUAAGUGAAGCUGCCAAUUCGGUUUCUGUUGGCAAUGUUGUCAAGUUGCGUGACCUCUCACCUCGUCUAACUGACUCGCCAUUGCCAAAGAAAUCUGAGGAGAAUCUAAAUAAUGUCGAGUCAACAGAAAUACCCUAAAAACUGUGGUUUUUUUUCAAUCGAUAAUAAAAAUAGGCUUAAUAUAUACCUUGGGUAAAUAAAAGUUAGUUUAUAUUUAA